GAAAUAUAAAUCAGUAAGUACAGAGUCACAUAAUUAGAGUAACAAAUAUGAAGAUAUUAUACUACUGUUUAUUUGAAAAUAUUGAGGUAAUAAAUAUUCAUAACAGGUGUAAAUGCCUAUCAAACCUUUGUUUUAUCAUCUAGAUGAUAAGGUUUUUAAUUUAAAUAGCAAACAUGAAGAAAGACAUGCAGUGAUGAUUUUUUUCUACAUCAGAGCAAAAAAAUCUUACUGCGCAUGCUUGACCUUCUUUGUGUCCGUUAAUUAACUCUAAUUUUCAUACAAAAAAAAACAUACGAAAUCAUUCUUUCGAGCACAUUUCACAAAUUUGCAGAUUGCGAGUAGCGAUAUAAUUCCGUAAUGGGUGGUGACCUGAAGGAGUUUUUUAGGCAGGCUGCCAUGCAAGUGGGUGCUGGAGGUUCUGCUGGCUUUGUAGAAGUCUGCAUAAUGCACCCGCUGGAUUUGGUCAAAACUAGACUUCAGCUGCAAGCAACUCCUGGUGCUGAAGUAACAAAAUCUCAGGCUUAUUAUAAUGGGGUAUUUGACUGCAUUCGAAAGAUGGCCAGAAAUGAAGGAUUCUUCUCAUUGUAUAAAGGAAUCCUACCACCCGUACUGGUGGAAACUCCAAAGCGAGCGGUGAAAUUUCUCACAUUCGAACAAUAUAAACGGUUCUUUUUGUUUGGUGCAGAUAAGCCGACUCCACUGACAUUUUCUCUGGCAGGUCUUGGUGCUGGUGUGACUGAGGCAAUUCUUGUAAAUCCUUUUGAAAUGGUGAAAGUAACACUACAAGCCAACAAAAACAAGGUUGGCCAAAUCCCGAGCACCUGGGCCGUUACGCGUCAGAUCAUCCACGAGUCAGGUUUUGGACUAAAUGGGCUUAACCGCGGGCUUACUGCUACGAUCGGUCGGAACGGUGUCUUCAACAUGAUCUACUUUGGCUUUUAUCACAGUGUGAAAGGAUUUCUGCCGGAAUACAAGGAUCCAGUACAAGAGUUCCUACGUAAGGUUGGGAUAGGUUUCGUCUCCGGUACUCUAGGGUCGUGUAUCAAUAUUCCGUUCGACGUCGCCAAGUCAAGAAUACAGGGUCCUCAACCAGUGCCCGGACAGGUUAAGUACAAGUCUACAUUUGGCUCAAUUGCCAUCGUAUACCGGGAAGAAGGAUUCGCUGCCCUGUAUAAGGGUUUGACACCAAAAGUGAUGCGUUUAGGCCCCGGAGGUGCCAUCAUGCUUGUCGUGUACGAUUAUGUGUACGAAUUCCUGGACAACUACUUCAAGCGUUCAUGAAGUGGAAGUUAUUGUGCCGCAAUAUUUCACAAAUAUUGGUUUUCAAUGUACCUUGGCUAAGCUAUGCUUAAAAACGGGUCAUGUAUUCUUUCGAAAAUCAACAUCGAGAUGAUGAUUUUGGUAUGGCAUUUAAAAAAUAUAUGAUAAUAAACUAUAUAUUUUUACUGA